AUUGCCUUGCCCCACACGAUUAUUACACCCACUUUUUCUUUUGUCUUUUGCCCCCAUUGCCCCGCACCUUAAAACCUGUAACUAUCUAUUUAGAUGUUCUAGCUUUUUUUCAACAUUUCAAUCUCGAUCUGUUUAUCACCUAGCUAUAGCUUGGGCCAAAGUGUUCCCACAUGGCUGCAGAGAUACCUAGUCAUAUGAAGGCUUGGAUGUAUUACGACUACGGAAGCUUCACUGAUGUCUUGAAAUUUGAGACCAAAACAAGUGUACCGCAGGUGAUCAAGGACGACCAGGUACUUGUUAAGGUUGUCGCUGCGGCACUUAAUCCGGUCGAUACUGCCAGAAUGAUGGGGUUUUUCAAGGCCACCGACUCUCCUCUUCCUACUAUUCCUGGCUUCGAUGUGGCUGGAGUGGUGGUCAAGGUGGGACCCCAAGUGAAGCAACUCAAGGAAGGAGAUGAAGUGUAUGGGAACAUAAACGAGAAACCUUUAGAAGAUACCAAACAGUUUGGCUCACUGGCAGAGUACACAGCAGUAGAAGAGAAGCUACUGGGCCUGAAGCCCCAAAACCUGAGUUUUCCUGAAGCUGCUGGGCUUCCACUUGCCAUCGAGACUGCUUAUCAAGGCCUUGAACGAUGUGGGCCCUUAGAUGGUAAAUCUGUUCUUGUUUUGGGAGGUGCUGGUGGGGUUGGAACUCUUGUCAUUCAGCUUGCAAAGCAUGUGUUUGGUGCUUCUAGAGUAGCAGCUACAUGUAGCACUGGGAAGCUAGAGUUUUUGAAGAGCUUGGGUGUUGAUUUGGCCAUUGAUUACACCAAAGAGAACUUCGAAGACCUACCAGAGAAGUUUGAUGUCGUAUUUGAUGGAGUUGGGCAAUGUGACAAGGCAGUGAAGGCGAUAAAAGAAGGCGGGAAAGCCAUUUCAAUAAUUGGUAAAAUCACCCCUCCUGCUCUCCAAGUUGUUGUGACUUCAGAUGGAUCUGUCUUAGAAAAAUUGAACCCUUUCUUGGAGAGUGGAAAGGUGAAGCCAAUAGUUGACCCUAAGGGCCCGUUCCCAUUCUCCCAGGCCGUUGAAGCAUUUUCGUAUCUCAAAACUCGCAGAGCUACCGGAAAAGUGGUCAUAUAUCCAAUCCCAUAAAAUGCGCAUGUAACUAGAAGUUUUCAUUAAUAAGUUUCAAUUCCGUUUGUGGUUUAUGUGCUAAAUACUAGUUGAAAUAAGCUGAUUACCUAGAUGCAAGCAAGUGGAUGCUUUUGGCUUCAGCUUUGCAACAAAUAAGCAAGCUUAAUAUGUUGUUCAGCUUCAAAUGGUGAUCAUGCACUUCUUGUUGUACAGGGUAUCAGGAUAUGCAUAAUUUGAAGAGUUUGUUCUUUUA